AUGUGGAAGGUUAUGAUGACGGCUUGGGUCAACUGGCUCAGCGAUGUCAUUGUUGAUGUUCGCAAGCUUCCGAACAUACCCAGGUAUACAUACCCAGUCACCUACCUGCAACCGGCCACCUACCUGCAACCGGCCACCUACCUGCAACCGGCCACCUACCUGCAACCGGCCACCUACCUGCAACCGGCCACCUACCUGCAACCAGUCACCUACCUGCAACUAACCACCUACCUGCAACUGGCCACCUACCUGCAACCAGUCACCUACCUGCAACUAACCACCUACCUGCAACUGGCCACCUACCUGCAACCGGCCACCUACCUGCAACCGGCCACCUACCUGCAACCGGCCACCUACCUGCAACUGGCCACCUACCUGCAACCGGCCACCUACCUGCAACCGGCCACCUACCUGCAACCGGCCACCUACCUGCAACCGGCCACCUACCUGCAACCAGUCACCUACCUGCAACAAGCCACCUACCAGCAACCAGCCACCUACCUGCAACUAGCCACUUACCUGCAACCGGCCACCUACCUGCAACCGGCCACCUACCUGCAACCGGCCACCUACCUGCAACCGGCCACCUACCUGCAACCGGCCACCUACCUGCAACCGGCCACCUACCUGCAACCGACCACCUACCUGCAACCGGCCACCUACCUGCAACCGGCCACCUACCUGCAACCGGCCACCUACCUACAACCGGCCACCUACCUGCAACCGACCACCUACCUGCAACCGACCACCUACCUGCAACCGACCACCUACCUGCAACCGGCCACCUACCUGCAACCGGCCACCUACCUGCAACCGACCACCUACCUGCAACCGGCCACCUACCUGCAACCGGCCACCUACCUGCAACCGGCCACCUACCUGCAACCGACCACCUACCUGCAACCGACCACCUACCUGCAACCGACCACCUACCUGCAACCGACCACCUACCUGCAACCGGCCACCUACCUGCAACCGGCCACCUACCUGCAACCGACCACCUACCUCCAACCGGCCACCUACCUGCAACCGGUCACCUACCUGCAACAAGCCACCUACCUGCAACCAGCCACCUACCUGCAACUAGCCACUUACCUGCAACCGGCCACCUACCUGCAACCGGCCACCUACCUGCAACCGGCCACCUACCUGCAACCGGCCACCUACCUGCAACCGGCCACCUACCUGCAACCGGCCACCUACCUGCAACCGGCCACCUACCUGCAACCGACCACCUACCUGCAACCGACCACCUACCUGCAACCGAACACCUACCUGCAACCGGCCACCUACCUGCAACCGGCCACCUACCUGCAACCGGCCACCUACCUGCAACCGGCCACCUACCUGCAACCGACCACCUACCUGCAACCGGCCACCUACCUGCAACCGGCCACCUACCUGCAACCGGCCACCUACCUGCAACCGGCCACCUACCUGCAACCGACCACCUACCUGCAACUAGCCACUUACCUGCAACCGGCCACCUACCUGCAACCGGCCACCUACCUGCAACCGGCCACCUACCUGCAACUAGCCACUUACCUGCAACCGGCCACCUACCUGCAACCAGCCACCUACCUGCAACCGGCCACCUACCUGCAACCGGCCACCUACCUGCAACCAGCCACCUACCUGCACCCGACCACCUACCUGCAAACUAUCCAUCCACCUGUCAACUGUUUAUCAACCUACCGACCACUUAUUCACCCACCCACCAGUCAUCCACUCACCCACAUACUCAUCCACUAA